UGUUUUCGCUCCGGAUUCUCCAUGUUGGACCCAAACUGAGGAGCCCGGAGCUGCCACCGGGGGAUCGGGGCUGGGGGCACCGGGGGAGCCGCCGCCUGGGCCGUCCGCCCUCUCUGCAGGCCGCCUCCCUUCCCGGCCCGGGAAGGAAACGCGAGGGGGGAUGUGAACAGCUGCGGGAGUCGGAGUCUCGGGAGCCGGAGCCCGACGGGCCCCCGCCCAGGCCCCCCAGCCCAGCCCUCCCGCCCGCGCGUCCUCCCGCCCAGCCAGCCCGGGCCCGCGGGAUUGUUAGAUGGAACACGGCUCCAUCAUCACCCAGGCGCGGAAGGAAGACGCCCUGGUGCUCACCAAGCAAGGCCUAGUCUCCAAGUCCUCGCCUAAGAAGCCCCGUGGCCGCAGCAUCUUUAAGGCCCUCUUGUGCUGUUUUCACACACAGCAUGUUGGCCAGUCAAGCUCUUCCACUGAGCUCACACACAAGGAGGAGGCCAACACCAUCGCCAAGUCGGAUCUGCUCCAAUGUCUCCAGUACCAGUUUUAUCAGAUCCCUGGGACCUGCCUGCUCCCAGAGGUGACAGAGCAAGAUCAAGGAAGGAUCUGUGUGGUCAUUGACCUGGAUGAGACCCUUGUGCAUAGUUCCUUUAAGCCCAUCAACAAUGCUGACUUCAUAGUGCCUGUAGAGAUUGAGGGGACCACGCACCAGGUAUAUGUGCUCAAGAGGCCUUACGUUGAUGAGUUCCUGAGACGAAUGGGGGAGCUCUUUGAAUGUGUUCUCUUCACUGCCAGCUUGGCCAAGUAUGCUGACCCUGUGACAGAUCUCCUGGACCGCUGUGGAGUGUUCCGAGCUCGCCUGUUCCGGGAGUCUUGUGUAUUCCACCAGGGCUGCUAUGUCAAGGACCUCAGCCGCCUGGGAAGGGACCUGAGGAAAACUGUCAUCCUGGACAACUCCCCUGCUUCUUACAUCUUCCACCCAGAAAACGCAGUGCCUGUGCAGUCCUGGUUUGAUGACAUGGCAGAUACGGAGUUGCUGAACCUGAUCCCAGUCUUCGAGGAGCUGAGUGGAGCGGAUGAUGUCUACACCAGCCUCGGGCAGCUGCGGGCCCCUUAGCCUUCCUGCUCCAAGAAACGGCCAUCCCAACAGGGGACUUUGCUACACUGUGCCUUUGUGAUCAGCCUGACUGACAGGGUCUGCAAGUAGCCAGGGCGUGCGGGACACGAGCUGUAGGGCAGGUCACAUGCAGAGCAGGAAAUCAGACCCAGAGCUCUGUGCACCCUGUGCUUGGUUCCCAGGUGUGUGCUUGUGUGUGCGUGCAUGUGCACGUGUGUGUGUGUGUGCAUAUGCACGUGCCCAUCUGGUAAACUAUGGUCCACGGUACCCAGUUGUCCAGUAGGGGGAGAAGCUGAAAGAUCAAGGCUCAACCUGAGUCAUUUGUCUCCUUUCCUGCUGUCCUGUGAGCUACUGAGCUUUCAGCCAUGAAAGCUCUUGUAGGCUCCCUGCCAAACGAUGGCCUUCCCUCAGCAGCACAAGGCCUGAGCCAGGAGGAAGGGGAGGCCGGAGGCUACCUUCCGAUGCCCAGACACACGCCUUUCAGAAAACAGAAACCUAGCCAGCAGCUGCAGACAUGUUUGGGAAGAUGAGAGAGAGAGCAUGUUCGCAGACCCACCAGGUCCUGUGUCCUACAGGGCUGCACCUGGCUCCAGCAGAAUGCCUGCCGCGGGCGCUUUUGUGUCCCCAGGCUCCAGUGCCAGGCCAGCCUUCUCACUCCCAAGCCAUAGUCCUACUCCCAUGGGAAAGGAGGGUUUUUCUCUCCCCUGGAGGAGGACAGAUAGCUGAUUUCUGUUCUUUUAACUCUUAAAAUUCUCUUUCUAAACAUGGAGUGGUUUGUAUCCGUCCGAGCUGCAGUCCUGGGAAAGUGCUGGGGUACAGGGAAAAUGCAAAUGUUCAAUGCAAGAUGUCUGUCUCCUUGCUUGUAGAUCUUAAAAGUGCUCUUCAGGGAUUCUGUGCUAGCUGAUGCAAGGACAUUGGCUCCAAAGGCUGGGAGGCUGGGCUCUCCCUCUGUGUCUUCCCCAGUGUCCUGCCCUGGCUGACUCUUGCCUGUUCUGGCCUUUAUCCUUCUUGGCUGUUUCUCUUCCUCUCCAGGGCCUUGGGAGAAGGACUUUCCCAGGUUGUAGGUGUUGCUGUUACUUGAUUUGCCAAAUGCCUCCUGCUUCUGGUCAUAAGACUGAGUGAGGUCCUCACAGCCCUGUGCUCCGGGCAUCUCUGAGCUCUCAGUCCUAAUGCUUUAAAAGUCAGUCACAGAGUGGAAGUUUCCCCAGAGUGGAAAACUAACAAGAAGUGUCGCUGUCAUUGGGAACAGAAGGGGCCCCUGAGGAGCCUCCACCUCAGCAUCACUGCCUUAACUGAGUCCUGCCCAGGGUUGGGUAGGAUUCUUCUCCCUCCUCUAAGGUGGGUGGGAGUUCCUACCACAUCUCCGCUUCCCUCGGAGGCAGGUCAGCAUUUGUGGGUUGGUUCAGGUGUGGUCACCUCCCACUCGGGAGUCACAAUACUUUCUAGUUUUCACACACUAGGUCCUGCCUCAGGUUUGAGAGAGCCUGGUGGUGGAGCUUGGUGUUCUGAGUAGAAGCUGGCUGGUGUUCCUCCAGCGUUAUGCAGAUUUCUUCCUUGGCCCAAGGCUAUGGAGCUUUGUGUUACAGUUCUGUGACAAAGAUACGCCAUUUUCCCAGCAUUAUUCGCUGGUGUCUGUAAGGGCCUCCCAAGGUGAGCUGAGGGCUCCAGGUGCUAGCCAGGAACAUGGGAGCUUGUCUGUGGCUUCAGGUCCAGGCCCUGGUCUCCCUGGCAACCCAGUACUGCAGGAGGUCUUCUCACAAGGCUACUCUGAGGGCUGGUCCUGACUAAGCAAUAAGAGUUGAUUAGAUUUUAAGCUCCCUUUCUGGCUUCAUGGGCGCCUCUGCUGCUUCUCCGUGAAGCCCCAGCCCUCUAGGCCUAUCUGCCACCAGAAUCCUUUCCACCUGCAGUCUGCUACAGAGAUGCCAUCCCAACUCGUCUCUUCCCAAAAUGAACCAGGAUUUAUCAUCAUGGUGGCCCCGAGUCAGCUGUAUGAUAGACCUUGCUAUCUCCGGGCUAGUUCCAUGUUUUAGGAGCAGGUGAUCCUGGGGAAGAUGGGAGCCAGCGCCUCCUGAAGCCUGUCGCUCCACUGCCACCAGCCCACCCCAGUGCAGACUGUCUUCAGGGGUCAGUAGACACUCAAAGCCAUGCCAGGAAUCUGCCCCCAUACCAGGUUCAGCUCUUUAAGGUGCCUCUUCAGGGACACAGUGUGUGUCUGAUUGGGCUUCUCAUCAAAAGCCUGAUGUUCCUGUCCCUCUUAUAGGGGGAGCUUUGGACACAGGACCAGUUUGAUAAAGGGCCAGAUAAAGGUUUCCACUCUGCACAUUGUAGAGGGGACACCAUAGGCCCAUGGGUCCCUAAUUAAAGAAGUUGAGUGAAUUUGCCUUCAUUUAACCAGGGAUCUGUCUCACUCCCUCCUGCCUCCCAAAGAUUUUUGUGUAGUUAUAUAACCCCUCUGUUAACAGUGGCCCAGCAAGGCUUUGUACUAAAGCAUGGGACCCUCACAGCAACCAUUCCCAGAAAAUGGUCCCCUGCAGGUCCACGCCUGCCCUGUUCAGAGGCCUCUGGGUAGUGCAGCCCAUGUGUACUGUCCUGCACCCAUCAGCCUGGAUAAGUGUGAGAACGCUAUGCCGUUUCCCCUUCGGGCUACUUAACCAUGGCUACUCUUUAGCUCCUUUUGUUUAAAUAGCUUAGUUCUCCCUACACACAUACACACAGGGUUUCAUGAAUCCCAAGCAGGGGCUUGAACUCCUGUUUAGCCAAGAAUGAUCUUGAACUGAUCUACCUUCACCUCCUGGGUGCUGGGGUUACAGGUGUGAUGGCCUUGCUGGCCUAUGAGUGCUGGGGACAACCCAGGGCUUCAUGCGUGUUAGGCACUUACUCCCAGCUAAGCUAUAUCCCCAGCCCCUCUUCCUAGAGAACACCAUUAGUAAAUCCAUAUUCAGGGGAGAAGAGGUCACAGGUCAGGCCAGCUGCCCCAUCCUUAAGUGCAGGGUCAACUCCCAGAACUGCCUGUUUUCAUAAGCUGGUGAUUCUCCUUGCCUGUGAUGACCCCAGAUCUGCCUAUUUCCAAGAUGCCAUUUGGAGGGGAGGGGAGGGGUCGCUUCCCACUGUGACCGGGCUACGGGAUUCUUGACCACCUUGCUUCAUGAUUUGAUCCAUUUGUUGUAUUCAAAAACUUGAACUGUAGGAUGCCAUUAAGAGUCUGUUUAUAUUUUUGGAAUAUUUGUAUUACAAUUGUUAAUAAAGGCUGGUUUAAAAACCUA